AUGAUACUGAUUCAUAAACCAAUGGUCCUGAACAUAAUGAAUGCAGGACAUCUUGUGCUUGGUAAAAUUGCGCUUAUAAGAGCUUCAAAAAUCCCAAACAGACGAUUAACAUUGGCGGAAAGGAAAACUCACAGAAAGCAGAAAAUCCCUGGAAGUGGCUCUCAGCGAGGGUCGGAACGGCAACGCGAGGAUGUGAAGGGGCGCCGCCGAUGUGCGGGAAGUAAGAUAGGUCGGAGAGGUGUGAAAGUUGAAGAUGAGGCCCCGUUGCCGGAAAGAGGAGCGGCCCUUGGAGGAAGGGCAAGGCACCCUGCACGGACCCUUCGGGUCUUCGUUCCUGGCCCUGCAGACUCUUUCCGCCCGCGGCUCCGGCGUCCGCGUCAUUCGUCUUCCGGGUGUCGUCGGCGCCCGGUAACCAUCGAUGAUUCGGCACUUCCGGCGUCCGUCUCGGCGACUCCUCGAGCUCGACUUCCGACGAACAGCAAGGUUUCGCAUCGGGGCUUCGAGCGGGCCUCGGACUGCAGGUUUUCGGCAUCUCGCCGUCCCCCUUCGGCUCCAGAUGACCGUAGAGACGCGCGAAGAAUUUCCUGGGCGAAGAUGGCCGCCCAUUUGCUUGCGUUUUCAGUCUCUCUGUACUUCGAAAUUCACCGCGGCACUUUUCCUAGGAUGCGGGUAUCGCCCAGCCGGACGUGCCAAGCACCUCUGAGACUCCUGACCAUCAUCAUUCAUGCACUCGGCAUACGCCACUCUCAGCUCGAUGCUUAACCCAGCACGGGCCAACGGGGAGGAUCUCGCCCCUUCCCUUCUCUUCCUUCUGCUGCCGCCGCCGCCGCCCCCUAAUUUCUCGAUUAUGAUCGGCCCGCCCCCACGUGUCGUUUCUUGCCCCCCUCACGUCUGCAUCAAGCCGGCACGCUGGCGCACUCUUACGUAUCGCACAUUUGCCGCGAUGUUGUCGUUUUACCUGCGCUAUAAUUGAUUCGAUACAAACGCUAGGGCCCUAGGGGCGGGGUUGAAAUUUCGAAAUUUGAAAACAUCCGAAAGUUGUGUAAAGUGAAGAAAUGAAACUUUGACGAAACAUCAAAGUUUCGACUGGUCCAAAACCCGACGCUCCAAGUUCGAAAAGCGUAAAGUUUCGACAGGGCAAAAUUCCGAAGGAAUAAAAUACCCAAACUACAUAACUCCGACAUGUCAAUGUACCGCAAGUGUGUGAAUGAGAAAAUUGAAAUCUUAAACAUCGAAAUACCCAAUGAUUCAAGAUUUUCAGUUCUGAUAAUUUCUGGCCAGAUGAAAUUUCAACACUUUGAUUUUUCAUCGUUUUGAAUUCUCGAUAUUCUUAGGUUCGGAAUCCUGGUCAUUCUGAUUUUUGAUUUUUCUUGUUUCUUACACCCAUUUGUUGAGCAAACUACGCUGCACGAGCAUAUUUUGAUUUUCCAAAUUUUACUCUAUGGAAACUUUAUUUCUCGAAAUUUUUCCCUACGGAACUUUACUUUUCGGAACUUUGCUCUAGCGUAACUUAAAUUUUCGGAAUCUUGCAUUGCGGAACUUUGAGUCUUCGGUUUUCCGCUUAUUCGAAACUUUGUUGUCUUGUAAAGGUUUGAUUUCUUUAUCUCAAGUUUCGGAACUUUAACCCCAUCCCAAGCGCGGUAGGCCGGAGACAGGAAAGGUUCAAAUGACUUGAAUAAACUUAUAUUAUUCUUUAUCUAAAAAGAACCGUACAUUAUUAAUUUGUUCUAAACAAAUUUGGAUUGCCUGCAGUAUGGGCAUUGCCAUCUUAUUAACGAGAACUGUGUUUUCGCUGCGUAUUGAACAUUAUUUCAAAUACAGGU